UAUGUUGCGGCUUUACCCAAGAGUAGAGUAUGACAGUUGUGUUGUCAGCACCUUAGUCAAAGAAUACCAUUAUUACAAACAAGGAUAUUUUGCAUCUACAAUCUAGUUCUAGAUAGUCUAGUUCUAAUCCUGUUUCGGUCAUCAACACACAAACCCUCGCUCUUUUUUUAUACCCCUUGCUCAACCCGUCCCGCACCACACACCUCUCGCUUAAGAUGCUUACCUAUACUUACCAAUUUCAGGAACCCAUCGCGGACAUGGGUUCUUGGCCCCGUCCUCCACCGCCGCCGGCGCGGUAGGGCGGCUGGAGCGCACCGAAUGGAUGCGACCCCACACGGCGCUGUGUAAUGCGAUUGCAUUGUUGUACAAGCCAUUACCUUGCCGCCUGGGCGAGGCGAGUACGUUGGCUCCUUGGAUACGGCUUCGGAGACAAGUAUAAGUAGAGGGCUUUCGGUCCAAGACGUAGAUGCUGUUUUUCCUUCUCUCCUCAACCCACGGGCUCAUACUCCAGCAUUCUCGCGCUCCUCUGAACAUCCAGUCAUAAUUUGCUAGUCACUUCAUUCCUCCAAGGAAGACUUUCAUCUCGCCAAUCAUCAUGUUCAGCCUCAAGUCUGCCGUCACGGCCGCCCUGCUCGCCGUGGGCUCUCUGGUCAGCGCUGACUCGUUCCCCUUUGAGCGUCUCAACAAGAAUGACUCCGUCUUGAUCAUUCUCGACAUUCAAGUCGGUCUGUACCAGCUGGCACGCGACUUUGACCCUACUCUGUACCAGCAGAACAUCCUGGCCCACGCUGCUCUGGGCAAGGUCUUUGACAUCCCAACCAUCAUCACCACGUCCGCCGAGACCGGCCCCAACGGCCCUACCUCCAAGGACAUUCUGAACAUGUACCCCAACCACACCAUUGUCAAGCGCAACGGUGAGGUCGACGCCUGGGACAACGCCGAGUUCCGCGCGGCCGUCGAGGCCACGGGCAAGAAGCAGGUCAUCCUGGCCGGCAUCGUGACCGACGUGUGCACCACGUUUGCCGCCCUGUCCCUGCGCGACGCCGGCUACAGCGUCUGGGCCAACAUCGAGGCCUCGGGAACCACCACCGCCCUGAUCCGCGACGUCUCCAACAGCCGCAUGGAGCGCGCCGGCGUCCAGAUGGUCUCGCUCUUCAGCAUCGUCUGCGACCUCAUGCGCGACUGGCGCGAGACCCCCGGCGCCCUCGAGCUCCUCCCCUGGCUCGACAGGUACAUGCCCGCCUACGGCUACCUGGCUCGCGGCCACGUCGCUGCUGUCAGGAACGGUACCAUCAUCCCUGGCACCGAGAACCUCCAGUAA